CUGAAACAGACGACAAGCCAUUGUGAAACGCGGGAGUGGCAGAUAGCUUGCUGUACAUAAAGACGAGCGAAGGAAGGAGUUGGGAGCAGAAUUUACCAACCCCGGGCCCAAUCAGCCACAAGAUACUCAUGAGUGACACUCGCAUAUCCAUCAUUGGCGCCGGUCCCGGUGGGCUUAUGCUGGCGCGACUCCUUCAGGUGCACGGCAUUCGCCCAACGAUAUACGAGAGCGACGCCUCUGCGACCGCUCGUCCACAGGGUGGCUCACUCGACCUCCAUCCGGAAGAUGGCCUCCUCGCGAUGAAUGCAGCAGGGCUGUUGGACCGCUUUCGUCAGCACGCCCGCUACGAGGGUCAGCAGACACGCAUCUACGACAAGAAGGGAAGGUUAUUGCUUGACGAGAAGGACGAGGAGGAACACGCGCCUGACAGCGAGUUCGCUCGUCCGGAGAUCGACAGGAAAGCCUUGCGCGACAUCCUCCUUGAUUCCCUCGAGCCCAACACGAUCCAAUGGGGCUACACCCUCGAAACCGUCACACCAUCCCCAACCGGCGGCUACACCCUCACCUUCCGCAACGGACGCACCGCGACCACCGACCUCGUCAUCGGCGCCGACGGCGCCUGGUCCAAAGUGCGCUCGUCCGCCCUCACAAAGGCCCUCCCUGCCUACACCGGCGUCUUCUUCGUCGACGCCGCUAUCCCCGACAUCGACUCCACGCACCCCGCCAUCGCCACGCUCGUUGGUCAGGGCCUGGCGUUCAUCCUGGGCGACCGGAAGGCGAUUAUGCCGCAGCGCAACGGCGGCAGCGUGUUGCGCGUCUACUUUGCGCUGCAGGCGCCGGAGGAGGAGGCAGACGGCUUCAACAACGAGGUGUUGCCGAAGGGGACAGCCAGCGUCCGCGACGCGCUGCUCGAGCACUAUGGGGGAUGGGCCCCCGAGCUGCUCGAUAUCGUGCGCGCGACCGAGGGCGCGGAGAUCGCGGUGCGCAAGAUCUUCGCUUUCCCGCCAGAGCACGAGUGGAAGCCGGUCGAGGGCGUGACCCUGCUGGGCGACGCAGCGCAUGUCAUGUCGCCCUUCUCUGGUGUCGGCGUCAACCUUGCGUUAGCAGACGCACUGGACCUGGCGAAUGCAAUUAAGAAAGUCGUCGCGGGGGAGGCGAAGACGCGAGACGCCUUCCAGGACUACGAGAAGCGAAUGAUGGCGCGGGCGAAGGAAAACCUGGCGGAGUCGAACCAGAACCUUGGCGUUGUCUUCUCGGACAAUGCGGCGCAGGCAUUGACGGACAUUAUGCACUCGCACCAUGAGCAUUAG